UGUGAGUGUGAGUGUAUGUGUGAGUGUGCGUGGGUCCAGUACCUGGCCAAGCCCACUCCUUCCACCUGGACCCUACAUUUCCACCAUGUGUACCCCUCUUACCUGUCCUGGAGCUUGUUCAGUCAUGCCAUGCUGCCCCCGAGAGCUCUAAAAAGCUGGUCACUAACUUUGCAGACGGAUGAGUCUUGAGCAGCCAGAAGAGACUGGGGCUGUCUACGCUCCCCCCUUCUCCUACCAGCUUGGAUUCCUUGGCAGAGUCCUCCUAGGUUCCAGGCUGCAACCCUGACCAUGGAACCUUGAAGUGAUUCCGUUUUUCCAGACCUCAGUGGCAGACCCCAGCAUCCCACGCCCUUCCUGCCCCUCCCACAACCCGCUUUCAAGCUCCGAGAGGGAGGGGUGGGGAGGGGAUCCGGAUCUCACUGGGCAGGGAGCUUCAUCCAUCAUGAUGCUCAACUCCGACACCAUGGAGCUGGACCUGCCACCGACCCACUCGGAGACCGAGUCGGGAUUUAGCGACUGUGGGGGCGGGGUGGGUCCUGAUGGUGCUGGGUCUGCAGAUCCGGGAGUGGGCCAGGCCCGGAGCUCAGAGCUCGGAGACCCGGGCCGCAAAGACCUGCAGCACUUGAGCCGCGAGGAGCGCAGGCGCCGGCGCCGCGCCACGGCCAAGUACCGCACUGCACACGCCACGCGGGAGCGCAUCCGCGUGGAAGCCUUCAACCUGGCAUUCGCCGAGCUGCGCAAGCUGCUGCCCACGCUACCCCCGGACAAAAAGCUCUCCAAGAUUGAGAUCCUGCGUCUGGCCAUCUGCUACAUCUCUUACCUGAACCAUGUGCUGGACGUCUGAAUUCAGCCGGCUUCCUUGCCCUGGAUUCUCCCCUGCUCCCGGGAUCUCUCCAGAGCCCCCUGUCAUCAUGCAUUACUUAGAAUGGCCGUCUCCUCCCCAUCCCAGAGGACCGGGCCCACACCGCGUGCCCACCGCUGGUCCUAAAGGCCAUUUUCUUUUUACUGGCCAAGACACCCUGACGGAUGUGCUCAUGGGUUCCUUCAGAGGAUUGUCAGGGAUUAACUGGUCAGAAUUGCUUGCCAGAGAGGUCAGAGUCGAGUUCU